CGGAGAGGGGCAUUCUUCUUUUACUUAAGGGGUGGACCGGUGGGAAGGUAAGGAAAAUCUUAUAAGCUAAAAUAAAAGCGAAACAAGGCAAAGUCCGCGGGAGUAUUUUUUUCAGUCUGAAGAACUACUUAGUGGAGUGGCUAUCGUAUCGCAGGUCCUGCUUAAUUUCGGAAGACUCGAAAAAAUAUGUGGGCAGAUGAGGAACCAGCGCCAUGGGAUAUCGAAGAAACUCCAGAGGAGGAACCUGAAGAAGCGGCUGCAGAGGGAGCUCCGGCAGCUGAAGCUCCUGCGCCUGGAGAGAAACCAAAGAUCAAAUUAGAGAAAAUUGAACCGCCGCAUUAUAAUCAUCAUUGGGUUCGCCCCCUCUUCCUUAAUUACGCGUAUCUUUACGAAUAUAGAAAAAAUUAUUACGAUGACGUGAUUAAUUAUCUGAACCAAAGACAGAAAGGUUUAUUCCGAGAACCUCCUAGAGCGCAGGAAUGGGCUGAACGAGCAAUGAGGACUUACGACGAGAAGAACGUCGAUAAGAGUGUGAAACGAUCGGCAGAUCUGAAAUAUAUAAUUAACAUGAGACACGAGCCUAGAUAUUACAGUUAUCAUACUCGAGCGUAUUAUAGCUUGAAGUAUCAGAAAAUUUUGUAAAACUUUAUUUUUUUAAUCGUAAAACUGUGUACAAUUUAUUACGCGAUGCAGAAUUGGCUUAUAUGAGUUUACACGCAGGUUAAUAAUGAAAAAUUUAUAUCGAUCGAUGAAGAAUUUUAUUUAUUCGAGCAUGUAUUUAACUGUAAAUUUUAUUCGUGAGAUAUUUUUCAAAAUGAACUUUUUUAAAUAGAAAUACAAUACAUAUUUCUUAUUUGUUUUUCAAAUAAAAAAAAAAUAUAUAUAUAUAUAUAAUUCAUGUUCAAUUUCAUAGAAAAAUUUUUGUCUCAAAAUACUUGUACAAAGACUGUAUUGUUUAAGUAAAUAGAUUAUAUAUGGUUAAGUAACAUUGUAAAGCACAUUUUUCUCCAUUCAAUAUUAAUAUCUUCUUUCAUCUAUGUUAAAAGAUAGUUUCAUAACCAAGCAUAGGUAUCAUAUGUUAGGAUGAAACUUAGAGAUGAAACAGGAGGGGAAAUAAUAAAUUAAAGAUUAUCUUGCUAGAUAGUUAAACUAGAUAGAAUAAUAAAUUGUAAAUUCUGAAUCAAUAUUUUCUGUAUA